AUGAUGUCUCCUAGAAAGCCUACAGGAAGCAAUUUCAUAUUGGUGUUGUAAUUGAUACAAACAAGAAUGGAUUCUAUAGGAUGAAUAUCUCUGUACUAGACGGAGUAAUUAGUUUCACAGCACCUCAAAUAUCAGCCUUGUGUACAUGCGACAAAAGUCUCAAUUCGCUAUUCCCGCUUCAACAAUAAAUGAGAUCGUGACGUGAAGAAAGACAGCUGCUUUGACAGUCGGAGAAACACUGGCAAUAUUACGGCAGCUAUACAUGUGAGGAAAAUGGAAGAAGCGUUCAAUUUAAGUGUCAGUUAUGAUAGGAAGUCAUUUUAAAACUAGUUGAUGGAUGUAUAAACCCUGACACGAUGCCGUGUAAUAUGGAUAUUUUAUAUAUUUGUGUUUUUCGGAAUAACAUAUUAUAUCACUCCAAUUUGUGGAAAAACCUCCAACACGGUUACAAUAGGGGUGAUUGUGGAUACUAUUGAUGACCGGUCUGCGUCAAUAAAUCAAUCUAUAGAAUUGGCAAUGACAGCAACAAAUAAUACCAAAUUUGUCAAAAUGAAUCCUAUCAGGAAUAAGACUGAUCUGAGAGACAGUUUUCGGCUGCGUCAAACAAUAUGCAGCCUUAUAGAAAAACAACCAAUCGCAUUAUUUGGAACCAGCAGGAGCGAAACAUUCAGCAUAAUCGAAUCGUACAGCAGAGCUUUGCGUGUGCCUUUCUUUUUGCCGACACUUACUAGAGAAACAACUGCUGGCAACAACAAUUUUAUAAUUAGCAUGUGCCCUUCUUUCAUAGAAGCAGUUAUUGAUAUAAUAAACUAUUUCAACUGGGACAGAAUAUUUUACCUUUUUGACACAGAUGACGCAUUAUGGCGUCUACAGAAACUUUAUCAGGCAUUCAGCAAUCGUAUUGUAGACGGGCGUAAACAGCAAUUUUUGAUUGAUGCUAUACGUAUACCGGAUGUUAGCAAUUGUCGGGAAAUUCUCCGGAAAUUAGACAGAAACUACAAUUUUAACACAAAAAGAAUUGUUGUUGAUCUCUACUCAAUCAAAGACUAUGACAAAUUUAUGAGCCAGAUCAUAGAUGUCGGUAUGAAUCGAGACGGCUACCAUUAUCUUCUUGGGACGUUGGAUAUAAAUGGAAUGAAUAGAGACUUAUGGAAAUCCUUUACGUAUGGUGGAGUAAAUAUCACAGGUUUUCAGUUGGUUAAAGCCACUCACAGACAUAGAACUCUCAUUGAUCUUCUUGAGGUUGACCAGCAACCUUCGAUAGAAGUUGCGCUGACAGUUGAUGCAGUGGCGGUUUUGACUACAGCUCUAGUAAAGAUCAGUAAAGACGAUAGUGACUUACUUAGCUUCAGACGAGGAGACUUUUACUUACACAUGGAAUGUAGCAGCGAUCCUAUAAAAUCUUUACCUCAUGGACAUAAGAUAUUAGAAUAUAUAUUAAAUGUGACGAAGGAAGGACUUUCAGGAAAGAUAGCCUUCGAUGAAAUUGGAAACAGAAAGGGGUACACAUUGAGUAUAUUCCAUUUAAGCUAUAGAGCACCGAUUCAAAAGGUUGGCUACUGGGAACAUGGAAAAGGGUUAAAAGACAUCGUCCUGAUGUCUGAUAGAGAAACUGAAGAAGAGAAACCACGUAACAGAACGAGGAUUGUCACCACAAUAAAAAACGAACCAUUUGUACAGUUAAAGAAAACGGACAACGGUAAACCUUGGAUUGGCAAUGAACGUUUUGAGGGUUACUGUAUAGAUAUGAUGAAGAAAGUUGGUGAACUUGCAAACAUAACUUACACCUUAAAACUCGUCAAUGAUUCUGAAUAUGGAUCAAAAGAAAACGGUUCUUGGAACGGACUAAUUGGCGAAUUGAUGACAGGGGAAGCUGACAUCGCAUUAGCAAGUCUAACUAUAACACAUCAGCGAGAGGAAGCUGUUUAUUUCACUAAACCUUACAUGAAUACAGGGAUCUCUAUCAUGAUAAAGAAACCAGAAAGAGAAAAACCAGGAGUCUUCUCAUUUAUGGACCCAUUGUCAUUACAAGUUUGGGGUCUUAUCAUUGGUGGAUUUUUUGCAGUCAGUUUUAUACUUUAUAUGGUUGGGCGAUUUAGUCCGUAUGAGUGGCAGGAUGAAGACACGGAUGCAGAUACCGCCCCUUCUGAUACUUUCUCUUUUAUAAAUACUUUAUGGUUCUCGUUGGGUGCUCUUAUGCAGCAGGGCCCUGAUAUCUUCCCAAGGUCGCUUUCAGGCCGAGUUCUCGCAAGUGCCUGGUGGUUUUUCACAUUAAUAACCAUAUCAUCAUAUACAGCCAAUCUUGCAGCUUUUCUCACAUUUGAAAAAUUAACAACGCCUAUCAACUCUGUAGAUGACUUAGUAAAACAAUCUAAUCUUAAGUAUGGUAUACAGAAAUCUGGCGCCACUUAUCAAUUUUUUGAGAGUUCAAGAGUACCUAUAUACAGACAGAUGUUUACUGUCAUGGAAGAUGCUAUUCCUUCUGUAUAUGUUGACUCACCGGAGGAAGGCUGGAAACGUGUCAUAAAUGAAAGACACACAUAUGCCUUCCUUCUAGAGUCGUCAAGCAACAAUUUCUACAACCAAAGAAAACCUUGCAAGACUAUGAAAGUUGGGCGCAAUUUAGACCAGAAAGGAUACGGAUUAGCCAUGCCUAAAUAUUCAGAUUUAACAAGUAAACUCAAUAUAGCAGUGUUGGAGCUGAGAGAAAAGGGGUUUCUUCACAAAUUAGAAGAAAAAUGGUGGUACAGUAAAGGAGAAUGUGGAAAUGCUGAUGGUUCGGACAAAGGAAAGAAUGCUCUCAAUCUAAGUAAUGUGUCAGGAAUAUUCCAUAUUCUUAUUGGAGGACUUGUUUUGGCUAUGAUCAUCUCAUUAUCACAAAUUGCAUUCCAUGCAAAAAUCAAAGCUAAUUACCCAAAGGAUGUGUUAGCCGUGAACAGCAGAUUAAGUAACCACAAUCAUGACUAUCCCAGUGUGCGAUACACACAUCCUAUGGCAAAACGAGUUAUUAUUGAUACUCCCCCUGUGAUCACCUGCACAACGAGUAAUGGCGGGGAACCGCAUUUAAUCGAAUUUGAAGAUGACAAUCAUGGAGACAAAAUAAUUUCACUAGAUGAUGACAUCACGUGACGUGCGCCUCGGCUGUGGAUAUUUAAAUCUAUUUGGAGCACACAGACAAAGGAAUAAACACUUUUAUCAAACGAGUAAGAGAAAGUUGUGCAGAAUCUACAAAAGAUUAGUUAACAAGUGUACUUAAGAAAUUGAAAACAUUUCUCGGCAAUUUCAUUCAUGGGCUGUUUAAGACGUACUUAAUUUUAAGAAAUGUGACUCCUGGUAAACACACUUUCUUUUCAAAAUUACACAAAACAUUUUUCAUCCAAUAAUGAUAAAACAGUAUCACAAAUACCUGCUAUAGAAAUUCAAAAUUACACAAAACAUUUUUCAUCCAAUAAUGAUAAAACAGUAUCACAAAUAACUAUCAUUUGUCAGUAGCUUUACUUGGAGAACUAAUGAGUACGUCAGUA